UCCGGCGCCGUUUGGGCGGAGAUGCUGCGCCUCACGGGUGUGCUGAGGCAUUUUGGGGCGAGACCGAGUGCUUGGUGUUCGGCGCUGCUCCCUACUGGCGCAGAAAUGCCUAAGAAAGCUGGCGCGGCGAGCAAAGCCAGAGGCGAGUCCCGUGGCGCCGAGAAGAGUAAAAACCAGAGCAAGGAACCAGAGAGACCACCUCUUCCAUUAGGUCCUGUGGCAGUUGAUGCCAAAGGUUGUGUCACCAUAGCCAUCCACGCCAAGCCUGGCUCCAAACAAAGCGCUGUGACAGAUCUGACCACUGAAGCUAUAAAUGUAGCAAUUGCAGCCCCUCCGUCAGAGGGAGAGGCCAAUGCUGAGCUCUGUCGGUAUCUUUCCAAGGUCUUAGAACUCAGGAAGAGCGAUGUGGUGUUAGAGAAGGAGAAGUCACUGAAACUCAGAGAAAAUCUAACUGGUAAUUAAUACAUGGAAUGCUCAGUGCCCCUGAGGAAUAGGAAUGAAAACACCAGCUGAACUGGCCCAUGAAGACACUGAUGAAAGAUUUUGAACUGAACUGCUUAGACACAAGUCAAUCCACAGAUGCUCCCUCUAACUCUGGAGUUACAAACCUGACCCUGACCAGGUACCCAUUAUGUGCCUCAUCUACUGCUAUUUGAUUUUUCAAAAACAUUUUUAUUUUUUAAUUGAUGUAUAAUGUAGGUACUUAUUUAUGGGGGUACCCUAUUAUAAUUUGAUACAUGUAUAAUAUAUGUAAUAACCAAAUCAGGAUAAUUAGAAUUUUCAUCUCCUCAAAUAUUAUUUCCAUUAGGAAUAUUCAGACUCUUCUCUGGUUAUUUUGAGAUGUAUAAUUACUAGUUGUAGACUAUGGUGAUCCUCUAAUGGGGUGAACCCCAUUAGAACUGCUUUCCCUCCCUCACAUAAUUACCCACUACCCACCCUACCUCUACACUCCUUCGUAUUCCCCUUCACAGUUUUGUACUCCAUUCUAUUCUCUGCUUCUCUGGGAUCAAAUUUUAGCAUCUGCAAAUGAAAACGUGGUAUUAGUCUUUCUGUGUCUGACUCACUUCACUUAAUGGUGACUUCCCCUCCAGUACCAACCCAUGUUGCCACAGUGACAAGAUUUCAUCCUUUUUAUACAUAUGCUUUCACUCCAAGGAGUGGUCAGGUCAUAUAUUAGUAGUUAUGAUGGAAGGCUUGUCUUCUUUGUUAACUGCUGCUUUUAUCCUGUCCUGUAAAUCUGAGGGUACUAUCUACAGUUUUUCUAAUCCAACAGACCUCAAGGUAAGCAAACUUCUUAGAGGUGAGAAUCUCUCCAGUGCCAAAGGCCUUACGUGGUUACAGCUGGAGAGUUACCUCUCCUUCACCCCUGGGGUAUCCUUGUGGUACAGUCCGACUGCAGGCAUCCAUGCAGCCGGCUUGGCCCUGCACUAUUCUCUCCCAGAAUGUGCACAAUUCAAAGACUUUCCACUCCCAUCCUUAUUUUCCGAAGAGCUGGUCCCUGCAGAUGACCAGACCUCUGGAAAAGAAGACAUACUUGCUCUCAAGGUUGCCUUGGAGUCCAGUGGUCUAAUCUACAAUUGGACUUGCUGACUUGGCUUCCAUAAUGAACACAGCAGGAACCAGGAGAGAUCUUUGUGUAGAUGAUCAGAAUGUCAGUACAAGUAUGAUAAGAAAAUAUGGUGAAAAAUUUUAUUACAGCAGAAGUCACAUUGCCAUUAAUCCCCCUCAAAAGCUACACCCCUGG